AUGACCAUGACCACCAUGCCAGAAAGUCUCAACAGCCCCGUGUCGGGCAAGGCGGUGUUUAUGGAGUUUGGGCCACCCAACCAGCAAAUGUCUCCUUCUCCCAUGUCCCACGGGCACUACUCCAUGCACUGUUUACAUUCGGCGGGCCAUUCGCAGCCCGACGGCGCUUACAGCUCGGCCUCGUCUUUCUCCCGACCGCUGGGCUACCCCUACGUCAACUCGGUCAGCAGCCACGCGUCCAGCCCCUACAUCAGUUCGGUGCAGUCCUACCCGGGCAGCGCCAGCCUCGCCCAGAGCCGCCUGGAGGACCCAGGGGCUGACUCCGAGAAGAGCACGGUGGUGGAAGGCGGUGAAGUGCGCUUCAAUGGCAAGGGGAAAAAGAUCCGCAAACCCAGGACGAUUUAUUCCAGUUUGCAGUUGCAGGCUUUGAACCGGAGGUUCCAGCAAACUCAGUACCUAGCUCUGCCCGAGAGGGCGGAGCUCGCGGCCUCCUUGGGACUCACGCAGACGCAGGUCAAGAUCUGGUUCCAGAACAAGCGUUCCAAGUUCAAGAAACUGAUGAAGCAGGGCGGGGCGGCUCUGGAGGGUAGCGCACUGGCCAACGGCCGGGCGCUGUCUGCCGCCUCCCCGCCAGUGCCGCCCGGCUGGAACCCCAACACCUCAUCCGGGAAGGGCUCGGGUGGCAGCGCGGGCUCCUACAUCCCCAGCUACACGUCGUGGUACCCCUCGGCGCACCAAGAAGCUAUGCAGCAACCCCAACUCAUGUGA